GGGCGGGGCCGCGGUGGGGGUGUGGCCUGUGUCGGGGCUGUGGGAUGGAGACCAGGGCCCGGAGCGGCACCGCCACCGCCAGGAAGUGCUUACGGGUCAAAGUGAUCAGCCUCGGCUGUGCUGAGGUGGGCAAGGCAGCAGCAAAGACAGCUGGGAACUGCUGGGCCUCCAGCCCGGGGCCCCCAGGGAGGAGUUGAACAGAGCGUACCGGCGGUUGGCUGUGCUGUUACACCCUGACAAGUGUGUGGCACCGGGCAGUGAGGACGCUUUCAAAGCCGUGGUCAACGCUCGCACCGUCCUGCUCAAGAACAUCAAGUAACAGUGGCAAGGAGGGGGAGCCUCGCACAGCUCGGCCUGGCACAGCUCGGCCUGGCACAGC